AUGCCUGCUAAGCUUGGUAUCAACGGUUUCGGUCGUAUUGGGCGUCUGGUCUUCAGGGCCGCUAUGGAGAAUCCCAAUGUGACGGUGGUCGCGGUUAACGAUCCCUUCAUGGACAUCGAAUAUAUGCAGUAUUUGCUCAAGUACGAUACGGUUCAUGGCAGGUUCAAGGGGGAGGUCUCCAGUGCUAACGGUAAUCUUAUUGUCAAUGGUCAGACUAUUCACUUCUUCAAGUCGAGGGACCCUGCUGAGAUCCCAUGGGGUCAGGCUGGUGCUGAUUACGUCUGUGAGUCUACCGGUGUCUUCACCACUUCCGAAAAGGCUGGUGGACAUCUUGGUGGUGGCUGCAAGAAGGUCGUCAUCUCGGCUCCUCCUAAGGACAGUACUCCUAUGUUCGUCAUGGGAGUCAAUAACGAGAAGUAUACCUCUGACUUGAAGAUCGUCUCCAACGCCUCUUGUACCACCAACUGCCUCGCCCCUCUAGCUAAGAUCGUCCACGAUAACUUCGGUAUCGUCGAGGGCCUCAUGACCACCGUCCAUGCUACUACCUCCACUCAGCUCACCGUCGAUGGUCCUGCUAAGGGUGGCAAGGAUUGGAGGGGUGGUCGCUGUGCUAGUCAGAAUAUCAUCCCUUCCUCCACUGGUGCUGCCAAAGCCGUCGGCAAGGUUAUUCCUGAGCUCAACGGGAAGCUCACUGGAAUGUCCUUCCGUAUUCCAACUGCUGAUGUCUCUGUGGUGGACCUCACCUGCCGUCUAGCCAAGUCUGCCACCUAUGAUCAGAUCACUGCUGCUGUUGAUGCUGCCUCUAAGGGCCCUAUGAAGGGAAUUAUGGGUAUCACUCAUGAUGAGGUCGUUUCUAGCGAUUUCACUCAUGACAGUCAUUCCUCGAUCUUCGAUGUGAAGGCUGGCAUUGCUCUCAACGACACCUUUGUCAAGCUGGUGUCGUGGUAUGACAACGAGUGGGGUUACUCGAAUCGUUUGGUAGAUCUAGUCGUGUAUAUGAGUAAGGUUGACGGUAACUGUUAGGCGAUAACUGGUCGUUAUUAUGAAUAUUAUGUUAAGGAACGAUUCACCUUAUUACUUCUUUUCCUUGGUCAACCCAAGUCGUCGUGAUGAUAUAGAAAACUGAUAAUAGAAGUAUUGAUGGAUAUGUUAUUGUCAUG